AUGGCAAUAGAAGAAAAAUGGUGGCCAUGGAAGCCAUCACUAUUUACACAAUAUCGCAUCCGUAUUACAAAUGAAUUACGUCUUGCUCAACGUCAUGAACAUUGUAAAGAAUUACGUCGUCAAAUAGAUCUUGUUGAACAAGAUAUUAUUGAAAUAUUUAAACAAAUGACACCUAUUAAUUUUACACAAAUAGAUCAAAAAUUAAAUUCAUGUAUUGCCUUAUGUCAAACUGAACAAAAACAUAUAUUUAAAGAAUAUUAUCGUAUAAAAAAACAAUUAAUUCAUCUUACACCAAAAAUUCUUAUUGGUAAUGCUUAUUUACAUGCUCGUUCUAAUGAACUUUCAAUAAAAACACAACUUAUAAAUAAUGGAAAAAAACGAAAACGUUUAAAAUUAACUAUUGAACAACAAUGGAGAAAAGGUAUUGGUGAUGCAUAUCGAAAAUUACAAAUUCAACGUGAUAAAGAAGAUCUAUUUAAAUAUAAUCAAACUGUAAAUAUUUCAAUACCAAACGAACCAUUACCUAUCAUUCAUGAUGAACAACCGAUUAUUAUUGAUGAAAUCAAAGAACAUGAAUUUAUACCACCUUUACCACCGACCUUAAUUGAUGAAAUAAUCAUUCCAUUUCAAACACCACCACCACCACCACCGAAUUCAUGUCGAUUAACACCAUCGGAUCCAUUUCAAUUAGCUGUUGAUGAUACGAUUGUAAAGCCACAUCGUCUUGUUAAUAAAACAUUAGGAAAUAUGAGCCAUAUGUCAUUUCAUAUUGAUCCUGAUCAAUGUUCAUCACCGAAACCAGAAGAUAAAAAAAAGAAAACUAAAUUAAAAAAAUUAAUAUUACCACCACCAUUACCUCCGCCACCUUUAUUUAGUUCGACAGCUAUUUUUGAUACACAUGCUUUUUUUACACAAACAAAUACGAAAACAAAAAAGCAAAAGAAAAAAAUUGAUAUUGCACGUCAACCUAUUAUAAUGACAAUUAAUGAUACACAAAAGAAAAAAAUUCGAACAAAAAAAUCUUCUCCUUAUGAUUUUCAAGAUGAUAAUACUAACAUAUCAUCACGGUCGAAAGGUGCAAAAUUAUUAACCGAUGAUAUAAUAACAGCUCGUUUUGCUAAAAAUAGUCAUUAUCAAAGUCAUCAAACAUCGAUGGCAAGUACAAAAUCAUCAAAAUCUCAACAUAAAUCAAAUGAACGAGAACAUAAACAAAAAAAAAAGAAGAAUAUAUUAGGUAUUGGUACAUCUAGUCCAUCAAUAUCAUCAACAAAUUUAACAUUAUCACCCGGUCGAUUAUCAACAGAUGAUAAAGAUGAUGAUUAUGAAAUAAAAUCAUCAUUAUCAAGACGUCAUAAUCGAACAAAAUCAACAAAUAAAAGUAAACGAACACGUGUAAAAUAA